AAUUUUAUGAAAUGUUUCCUCUUCCUCUACAACACUCUCUAUUUCAUUAAUUAAUUUGGAUCGCCACUCAAAACUAUAGAGCAGAUUAUGGAUUUGAAGAAUACGAAUUUCAAAAAUCUCAUCAAUGAAUACUAUAACUAUAUUGUGUACACACUUCUAACUUUAGUUUUAUUAUCUAUUCUCCUCUUAGGCUCUUCAGGUAACAUCAGCAAUUUUGCUUUAUUUCCUACGCAAAACUCCGUUUGUCAAACUUCAAAAACAUUUAACAUGAAAAUAUAUGGAGAUAAGCUAGAAGAAGCAUUAGCGGGAGCUGCAACGAAGGACAAGACGGUAAUUAUUGCAAUUGUAAAUAAAGCAUAUGUGGAGGGAGAUAAGCCGAUGCUAGAUAUUUUUUUGGAUGGUUUUUGGCUUGGGAAAGGCACUGCGAAAUUAAUCAAACACCUUUUGAUCGUUGCGAUGGAUCAAACGUCGUAUAGAAGGUGCAAGUUUCUUGGACUCCAUUGCUAUAAGCUCCAAACGGACGGUGUUGAUUUCGUCGGAGAGAAAUUGUAUAUGUCUGAAGAUUUUAUAAAGAUGAUGUGGCGAAGAACCCGGUUCUUAGGCGACGUUCUAAAACGUGGUUAUAACAUCAUAUUCACGGACACUGAUGUGUUAUGGCUAAGAAAUCCAUUCCCAAAGUUGAGCCACAACAAAACCAUAGACUUGCAGAUCAGUACAGACAACUUCAACGGCAACCAAUGGUCCGAGGCCAAUCUCAUUAACACAGGCUUUUACAUGAUCAGAUCAAACAACAAAACCAUUUCAUUGUUUGAUGCGUGGUACGCCAAGAAAAACAAUUCUACUGGAUUAAAAGAACAAGACGUUCUGCAAAACCUAAUGCGCGGAGGAGAAUUUCGAAAGUUAGGCCUUAAAGUGAGGUUCUUAGACACUGUUUAUUUCAGCGGGUUUUGUCAAAACAGUAAGGAUGUUAGGGCCGUUGUGACUGUUCACUCCAACUGUUGCAGAAGAAUUAGUGCUAAAAUGGCUGAUUUGAUAGCAGUGAUUCAUGAUUGGAAGAGGUUUAUGAGCUCCCCUGCCAAUGAAACAUCCAAGUUUCAGUGGACGCCUCAUGAUCACUGUCGCAACUCGUGGAAAAAUUAAGGAUUAUAUGAUAAUUUCAUGUUGAGAUAUUUAGUUAUAAAUUGUAUUCAAAUAGGAGUAUAUAUUUUUGUGAUUUGUAGCAAUGGCAGUGUAUAAUUUGUAUGUGCAUAAGUAGAUGAAGUAUUUUCACAUACUUUAAGUACUGCAAUAGCAUAG